UCUCAAUGGCCAGUACAAACAGUAGCAUCAACAAUCCAUGAUCGGGUUACAGUAGAACGGGUUACAGUAGAACGGACCAAUACAGUAUAGUAGCCUACAUACAGUAUUUGUAUUAAUGGCUUUGAAUAAAGUAUCCAAGACCGCCCUCACGUGGUUGAUUACACACGUCGUAGUGGCCUGAAAAAGCAACAUUGGAGUGUGAUGCUGUCAACCUCUAUUGCGAUCUCAGAGCCGAGGAUCCACACGGUGAACUGCGUGUCGGGACCAGAGAGAGAACCAACCGAACAGGCUUCUGUCAUCCUUCUCAUUCCGCCCAAGCCCCGGCUGAAGUCCGACGCGGUGUGAACUUUGAACUCUGCUGAGGUGAUCUGACAGGAUUAGACAGACAAACAGCCAGACAGACUCAGACAGACUGUCCUCUAGCUGCCACCAUGGGCUCCCUAGCCACCACUGCCACCCUGCUUUCCUUACUGCUACUGGGAGCUGUGACGGCCAGACUAGACACUAAAAACACCAAGACAGUGUUCCUGGACAAGCAGGAUGCCAGUGAAGUGAUCACCUUAUCCCGCCAGAAGAGGGCCAACGUGGGCAACGAGGAGAGCCUGCUCCCUGCCAACCUGGAGAGGGAGUGUCUGGAGGAGGUCUGCAACUACGAGGAGGCCAGGGAGAUCUUCCAGGACUCCUACCGCACGGAUAUCUUCUGGUCAGUCUACAUAGAUGGGGACCAGUGUGCAGAGAAGCCGUGUAAGAACGGAGCCAUGUGCUCAGACAGCGUGGGGGGAUACGACUGUGUCUGCAAGUCAGGCUUCUUUGGAGUCCACUGUGAGACAGAUCAGACAGUGUGUAUGUUGGACAAGACCAAGGGCUGCAGUCAGUUCUGUAAGCCAGGAUACCAGUCCUAUGAGUGUUCCUGUGCCCGUGGCUGGAAACUAGAGGAGAAGGAGAGGGUGAAGUGUAUCCCUGCAGUGACAUUCCCCUGUGGGAAGGUGAACAGCCUAAGCCAGUGGACAAAGAGACAGUCAACCAACAUCGCCAGCAACUUUGAGGGACUAGCCUGCAACUCUGGAGAGUGUCCCUGGCAGGCCGUUCUGAAGAGUACAGAGUCUGUAGGGUUCUGUAGUGGUGUCAUUCUGAAGGAGAACCUGGUUCUAACUACAGCCCAGUGUGCCCAGAAAUACGUCAACUUCCAGGUGGCUGUCGGCAAGCGCCUAACCGCAUCUGAAGAUGGCGAACAGACGCUCUAUGUCCAAGUCGUCCACGUCCACCCCCGCUACGUACCUGGUCGCCCUGACAACGACCUGGCCGUCCUCGAGCUCCGCGAGCGCAUCGUCUAUAAGAAACAUGUGGUCGCUGCCUGCCUGCCCGAACGUGACUUUGCAGAGGUCGUCCUGAUGACUGGCGAGUAUCCGGCCGUGGUCACUGGCUGGAAGGACCCCGUGGACGCCACGGAGGUCCAAGGCCCGCUCACUCUCAACCACCUGGCAUAUGAGCGUUUGCCCCAGUGUGUGGAGAGGCACCCGGGGUUGGUCACCAACAAGAUGGGCUGUACGACGGUGAGACCCAAGGGUGACUGCAUCCUGGGGCCGGGGAGUCCCAUCCUAUCUCUCCACAGGGAGGUGUUCUAUCUGACCGGGGUAGUCUCCAGACCAGCAGGGGCAGACUGUAGUCAGGGUUACAUCUACCAGAAGGUGUCCCGUUUCCUGCUCUGGUUGCAGCCCCUCAUGGACUCACGCUAAGGGGGCUCUGAAUCCCAAAUCAACCCCUAGUCCCCACCCCCUAUGCAGUAGGGUAGAUCUGAGAGGAUUGGAAAGAUGUCCUUUAAGCUAUAUGGCACCAAUUCCCGUCUGGCCUAUCAGAAGGCCAGAUGGAGCUACCACCAUAUUGCUUAUACCGGUCCAAUCAUCUCAGAUCUAUAUAAGUGCUUUGUGGCUAGGGACUAGGGGUUUGGGAUUCAGGGGUAGUGAUCAGGGGGAGGGAGGGUACAGGGAAGAGAGGGAGAGGUUGAGGGGGUUAGGAGAAUAAUUGUGAGGGUUGAUGGUAUUGGACAAAGGCUUAAAUGGAUAGGAAUUAGGGAAGACAAGACGGGGAGAACGGAGGUGACACUGUCAAGGAAAUAAAUAAAUGGAGGAUAUUGUAAUAUUGGAUAGAGUUGGAAAGGGAUAGGGAUCAUGUGGGAGGAGAAGAGGAGGGAGGGAAGACAGCUGAACAGGGAGCAUGAUGAAGGAGGGAAAACACAACGUAAAGAGAGGGCCGGAGAAAAUGGGGGAAAUUGAGAUGCAUUCCGUUUGUGUAACAUACCGUACUCUUAUCUUAGGUCCUUUUUCAUUGGAAGGGUCUGGUUGUCCGUAUUGGCUGAUGUCUUUUGCUUAAAUUAUCCGUUGUCUUUUAAUUUUUCAAAAUAAUAAUUAGGCCUAUAAGUUGAUUUCCACCUAUCGUAUAGUAUAUGAGUUGGGGAUACUUGAGAAGACUCAUGAGACCAUAAGCUUACUGGUAAAAUGUACGUGCGGGGGUAUUUCAGGGGUUCUCUAGGCAAAGCUAAAUUCUGUUGAUGGUACAGUUAGCGAAAAGGGUUGGGAACCACUGCCCUAAUGAACACAACCCACAUCUGUGUAGUUCUCUGUUUAUCCCACAAGGUGGCGGUCUUUUCAUUAAAAUACUAUUGUAUCAUGUCCUACCAAAUAUAGUACCUGGCUGACUGCAGAUAGACUAGGGGAACAUUAAAUAAUGCAGCAUGCGUGUUCUGUUGCUCUUGUCUUACUCUUAACUGAUGUUCUUUUCUUGGAGAGAAGGGUUGGUAAUUGCACUGUAUACCUUUUAAUGUUAAUCACUUUACUAAGAAUGUAUUAAUAAAAGUUCACCUCUGA